AUGCAGGAACUUAAUGGGAAAAGGAUCGUGUACCUGGACAACGCUGCCACGUCGCAGAAGCCUGAAGCUGUGCUGAAUGCUCUGCGGAGCUAUUACGAAGCUUACAACUCGAAUGUGCAUCGUGGGAUUCACUAUUUGAGCGCCAAGGCAACUGAUGAAUACGAACUAGCGAGGCAGAAGGUUGCGAAUUUCGUAAAUGCAACAGAGUGUAGGGAGAUUGUGUUCACGAGAAAUGCUACCGAAGCUAUCAACUUGGUGGCUUACAGUUGGGGCCUCACGAAUUUGAAGAGAGGAGACGAGGUCAUACUUACAGUAGCUGAACAUCACAGUGCCAUUGUUCCUUGGCAACUUGUGGCUCAAAAGACAGGUGCAGUUUUAAAGUUUGUAACUUUAACAGAAGGCGAAGUUCCGGACGUAGAGAAAUUGAGGGAAACAAUCUCGAGUCGGACAAAACUUAUUGUUGUUCACCAUGUCUCGAAUGUACUUGCUUCUGUCCUUCCAAUUGAACAAAUUGUAAGUUGGGCACAUGAAGUUGGCGCAAAAGUGCUUGUCGAUGCUUGUCAAAGUGUUCCUCAUAUGGUGGUUGAUGUGAAGAGCCUUGAUGCUGAUUUCCUGGUUGCUUCUUCCCAUAAGAUGUGUGGGCCUACAGGCGUUGGUUUUUUAUACGGUAAAAGUGAGCUCUUGUCUGCCAUGCCCCCUUUCUUGGGUGGUGGUGAAAUGAUCUCCGAUGUCUAUUUGGAACACUCAACCUAUGCUGAACCCCCAUCGAGAUUUGAAGCUGGAACACCUGCAAUUGGGGAAGCGAUUGGGUUAGGUGCAGCAAUUGAUUAUUUAUCAGGCAUUGGAAUGCAAAAGAUUCAUGCUUAUGAGGUAGAGCUAGCAAACUACCUGCACGAUAGACUCUCUUCACUACCCGGCGUUCAUGUCUAUGGCCCACCGCCUUCAAAAACAGUGAACAGAGCUGCUCUUUGUUCAUUCAAUGUAGAUGACAUUCAUCCAACGGACAUAGCCACUUUUCUUGACCAACAGCAUAGUGUGGCGAUUAGAUCAGGCCACCAUUGUGCUCAGCCCCUUCACCGUUAUUUGGGAGUGAACGCUAGUGCUCGGGCGAGUCUUUAUUUCUACAACACGAAAGAGGAUGUGGAUUAUUUCGUUAAAGCUCUCGAGGACACCAUCAGCUUUUUCGGGUCUUUUAAGUGA